GCUCUGCAAAGUGGGGCCCACCUGUUUGCUCCAAAAUAUUAUUUUUCUCUGAGAUCGCGACCUUACGAAUUCAAGGGGUUCUACCGUUAAUUUCGAUCCCCCAAAUUCUUGCAGCUCCGGCUUCUACUCAUCGAUUCAGUGCAGGUGUUGUCGACGAGUUGAUACCCUAGUUUGAGAUCAUGAACUACCUUAUCGGAGCAUUCAAGUCCCCAUGUAAAAUCAUGGUAGUUUUUGCUGACGCGAAAACUCGGAAACAGGCUUCUAUAAAGAAGGAAAAUGGCCAGACUGCAAUGGUCCCACUUUUUCAAAAUCAUGAAACCUUAACUGGCGAGGUAAUCAUAGAACCAUUUCACGGUAAGAAGGUGGAGCACAUUGGUGUGAAAAUUGAGCUUCUUGGCCAGAUAGAGUUGUACUUUGACAAAGGACGUUUUUAUGAUUUCACCUCCUUAGUACGUGAACUGGAUGUCCCUGGUGAAAUAUAUGAAAAGAAGGCAUAUCCAUUUGAAUUCUCUACCGUUGAAAUGCCAUAUGAGUCAUACAAUGGGGUCAAUGUGAGAUUGAGGUACGUUCUAAGAGUUACAAUCACUCGAAACUAUGUCGGGAACUUUGUGGAGCACCAGGAUUUCUGGGUUCGCAACUAUACUCCAGUUCCAACAAUUAACAACAGCAUUAAGAUGGAGGUUGGGAUUGAAGAUUGCUUGCACAUUGAGUUUGAAUACAACAAAAGCAAGUACCAUCUGAAGGAUGUUAUCAUUGGCAAGAUAUAUUUCCUUUUAGUAAGAAUCAAAAUUAAAAAUAUGGAGCUUGAGAUUAGACGUCGAGAGUCCACGGGAUCGGGGUCCAAUACAUAUGUUGAGACCGAGACCCUUGCUAAAUUUGAGCUGAUGGAUGGUGCUCCUGUUCGAGGAGAGUCGAUACCUAUUAGACUGUUUCUAAGCCCAUAUGAGCUGACACCAACAUAUCGCAAUAUCAACAAUAAAUUCAGCGUAAAGUACUACCUGAAUCUUGUUCUUGUAGAUGAAGAAGACCGACGAUAUUUCAAACAGCAAGAAAUCACAAUAUACCGCCUUCAAGAAAGCUAAGUUCCUUUGAGUGAAUCUCCAUGCCCCAUUCAAAGUAACAAACUUUUGCGCUUUAAAGAGAAGUUUCAAUUUGUUGAAUUCAGGGAUAACCUGGAAGUUUUCUAAAAAUGUCAAAAUUUUAAGAAGGAAAAAUAGCCUUGCAGUGAGAUUUUGGUGCAUAAUCUCUGUACGAGGGCCAGAUUCAUCGACCUCUGUUUCCUUUGUCCUGUCAGUUUAUUUAUUGCAGUGUGUAUUAUUUAUGAAUUAAGUGUGUAGAUACUCGUACCUUCUUAUUUAUUGUUUUACCCA